AUGGACACUGACCAUUCGGAGAAGCCCACGCCAGACGUCGAGGGAGAGAUCCCAGGCGGCUGGCUGGAGACGCCUGCUGCGAACAGUGAACUGACCGAGUAUCCUGGAACCUCCCGGCAAAUCUCGUCCCCAAGUGUUAGACGCGCUGGAUCCGCACAGCAACACCCCUUGCAUGUCGCAACCUUCACCGGCACCCAUGGACACAGUCCAUCUUCUGGCGAGGACACGGCCGCCCCGAGCCCCAAGGACGAAGAAAGCAUAUACACGCCCAUCAGCCACAUGCGCGAAUCCAUCGAAGACUACCACAGCGACAAGGAGAAGGAGGACGAGGCGGAGGGCGGCUUCAUGCCCAUCAAGACGGGCGCGGAGCAGCAAACGAAAAGCGAAAGGCCCGGCCCGAAGACGACGCCCUCCGGCCGGGCCAUCACCGAGGACGACCUCUUCCGCGCGCUGUCGCGCCGGCGGACCAACCAGUCGACCGCCUCGACGGCCGCCGCCGCCGACGACCCGGAACACCUGGCCGAGCAGGAGGAGAUCAACCGCCUGCUCUCCCGCAUGUUCGGCCAGUCGCGGCAGCAGAACUCGGAGGAGGAGCGCACGAGGCACACGGGCAUGGUGUUCAAGGACCUCACGGUCAAGGGCAUGGGCGUGGGGGCGGCGCUGCAGCCGACGACCGGCGACAUCUUCUUGAAUCCGUUUCGCUUCGUCAAGAAUCUUGUCACCAAGGGCCCGCGGCAGGCGGCCGGGAAGCCGCCGGUCAGGACGCUGAUCGACAACUUUUCGGGAUGCGUGAAGCCGGGGGAGAUGCUGCUGGUGCUUGGUCGCCCCGGCGCUGGGUGCUCGACCUUCUUGAAGGUCAUUGGGAAUCAGCGCUUUGGAUAUGAGAGCGUCGAGGGAGACGUGACGUAUGGAGGCACGUCGGCCGAGGUCAUGGCGAAAAAAUACAGGAGCGAGGUCUUGUAUAACCCGGAGGAGGACCUUCAUUACGCGACGCUCAGCGUCAAGAACACGUUGUCUUUCGCGCUGAAGACAAAGACGCCGGGGCAAGAUUCCAGGAAGGAGGGAGAGUCGAAGCAGGACUACGUUCAGGAGUUCUUGCGCGUUGUCAGCAAGCUCUUCUGGAUCGAACACACGCUUGGAACCAAGGUUGGCUCGGCAUUCGUGCGCGGCGUCUCCGGUGGUGAGAAGAAGCGUGUCAGUAUUGCCGAGGCCAUGAUCACGAAGGCGUCUGUACAGGCUUGGGACAACAGCACGAAGGGGUUGGAUGCCUCGACUGCAUUGGAAUACGUCCAGAGCCUACGUUCGCUCACCAACAUGGCGCGCGUCUCCACUUCCGUUGCCCUCUACCAGGCUGGAGAGAGUCUUUACAGUCUCUUUGACAAAGUCGUGCUCAUUGACGAGGGCAAAUGCUGCUAUUUCGGUCCCGCGGAUGAGGCUCCCGCCUACUUCAAGGAACUGGGAUUCGUGCAGCCUGCCCGUUGGACGAACGCAGAUUUCCUUACCUCAGUAACCGACCAUCACGAGCGUCAUGUCAAGGAAGGAUGGGAGAACCGCAUUCCCAGAUCCGCCGAACAAUUCGCCGACACAUUCUUCAAGAGCGAGAGGCACAGGAAGAACCUGAAGGAGAUCGAAGAGUUCCAAGAAGAGACGCGACUUCAAGCGGAGGAACGCCGCGCUGCCGCCAGCAAGGCCACCAAGACGAAGAACUACACCAUUUCCUUCCCCAAGCAGGUGAUAGCCUGUACGAAACGGCAGUUCCUUGUCAUGAUCGGGGACAAGCAGUCACUUGCCGGUAAAUGGGGUGGUAUUCUUUUCCAGGCCCUGAUCGUGGGAAGCUUGUUCUACGACCAGCCCAAGACGGCCGCCGGCGUCUUCACCCGCGGCGGUGUCAUGUUCUUCAUGCUCCUUUUCAACGCCCUGCUUGCCUUGGCCGAGCUGACGGCCGCAUUCGACUCGCGGCCCAUCCUGCUAAAGCACAAGAGCUUCUCCUUCUACCGACCAGCCGCCUACGCCCUGGCCCAGACCGUCGUCGACGUCCCGCUCGUCCUCAUCCAGGUCGCCAUCUUCGACAUCGUCGUCUACUUCAUGUCGAACCUGCAGCGCACGGCCUCGCAGUUCUUCAUCUCCCUGCUCUUCCUCUUCAUCCUGACCAUGACCAUGUACGCAUUCUUCCGCGCCAUCGGCGCCCUCGUCGACAGCCUCGACGUGGCGACGCGCCUCACGGGCGUCGCCAUCCAGAUCCUCGUCGUCUACACCGGCUACCUGAUCCCGCCGCGCAAGAUGCACCCGUGGUUCAGCUGGCUGCGCUGGGUCAACCCCGUGCAGUACGGCUUCGAGGGGCUGAUGGCCAACGAGUUCUACAACCUCGACAUCGAGUGCGUCACGCCGUACCUCGUCCCUCAGGGGCCCGGCGCCGAACCGCGGUACCAGACGUGCGCGCUGCAGGGCAGCCAGCCCGGCCGUGAGACCGUCGCCGGCGCGGAUUACAUCGCGGUUGCGUACAGCUACUCGCGCAGCCAUCUGUGGCGGAACUUUGGCAUCAUCUGCGCGUUCUUCAUCUUCUUCGUCUGCCUGACGGCGCUUGGGAUGGAGUUGCAGAAGCCGAACAAGGGCGGCGGAAGUGUGACCAUCUAUAAGCGUGGUCAGGCUCCCGAGUCCGUGAAGAAAGAAAUGGAGAGCGCAAGUGAAAAGGGGGAUGAGGAGAAGGGGGGACAGAAUGGUGUUGCGGCUACGUCCUUCGAGGGCGAUUCUAGCGGUUUGGAAAAGAGCAACGACGAAGCGAAGGGUGUGGCGAAGAAUGACACGAUCUUCACGUGGCAGAAGGUUAAUUAUACGAUUCCGUAUGAGAGCGGUGAGAGGCGGCUGUUGCAGAAUGUGCAGGGCUACGUCAAGCCGGGGAAACUGACUGCAUUAAUGGGUGCUUCUGGAGCUGGCAAAACGACGCUUUUGAACACGCUCGCGCAGCGCAUUCGGUUUGGGGUUGUGACUGGUGAUUUCCUUGUCGACGGCAGACCACUUCCGCUAUCAUUCCAGCGUAGUACAGGCUUUGCCGAGCAGCAGGAUGUGCAUGAGUCUACUUCAACUGUGAGGGAGGCUCUCCGGUUCUCCGCCAAACUGCGCCAGCCCCGAGAAGUCCCACUUCAGGAAAAAUACGACUACGUCGAGAAGAUCAUCGAUCUCCUCGAGAUGCGAGAAAUUGCUGGAGCAACCAUUGGAAAUCCGGGAGCCGGCCUUAACCAGGAGCAACGGAAGCGCCUGACCAUCGGGGUAGAGCUGGCGAGCAAGCCGGAGCUCCUCUUGUUUCUCGAUGAGCCAACCUCCGGCCUGGAUAGUGGUGCUGCCUUCAACAUCGUUCGUUUCCUGCGCAAGCUAGCAGAUGCAGGUCAGGCCCUGCUUGUUACUAUCCACCAACCCUCCAGCGUUUUGUUUGAGAACUUUGACCAGCUUCUACUCCUCAAGAACGGCGGCCAGACUGUCUACUUCGGUGAGCUUGGCCACGACAGCAGGACCCUCAUCAACUACCUGGAACGCAAUGGAGCAAAGAAGUGUCCGUCAAAGAUGAAUCCUGCUGAGUAUAUGCUGGAGGCCAUCGGCGCCGGUAACCCCGACUACAAGGGCCAGGAUUGGGGAGACGUUUGGGAGGGAUCACCCGAAAACGAGCAGCUCAGCAAAGAGAUCCAACAGAUCGUCUCCGAUCGGCGACAAGCUGGCAACAAGGAAAAGGUCCGCGACGGCCGCGAAUAUGCCAUGCCGCUGUCCACUCAGGUCUUCACCGUGCUCAAGCGGUCGUUCGUUGCCAUGUACCGGUCGCCACAGUACGUCAUGGGCAUGACGAUGCUGCACAUCUUCACCGGCCUGUUCAACGGCUUCACCUUCUGGGACGUGGGCCACAGCCAGAUCGACAUGCAGUCGCGUCUCUUCUCGACCUUCAUGACGCUGACCAUCUCGCCUCCGCUCAUCCAGCAGCUCCAGCCCCGCUUCCUGGAGGCGCGGUCCAUCUUCGAGUCGCGCGAGUCCAACUCGAAGAUUUACUCGUGGUUCGCUUUCACCACGGCGGCCAUCGUCUCGGAGAUUCCGUACCGCCUCGUGGCGGGCACGAUUUAUUGGGCUUGUUGGUAUUUCCCCCCACACUUCCCCAGGGACACGUAUACGGCAGUGAGCGUUUGGGCGUUCGUGAUGGUGUUCGAACUGUAUUACCUUGGAUUCGGACAGGCGAUCGCGUCGUUUGCGCCGAACGAGCUGCUGGCGUCCUUGUUGGUGCCCGUGUUCUUCCUGUUCGUCGUGAGUUUCUGCGGGGUGGUGGUGCCAUUUGCGACGCUGCCGUACUUCUGGCGCUCCUGGAUGUACCACUUGUCUCCGUUCCGCUAUCUUCUCGAGGGCUUUCUCGGACUGCUCACGCACAACCAGCGGGUGCAGUGCGACAGCCGCGAGAUAGCUCGGUUCAACGCGCCACCGGGCCAGACGUGCGAGAGCUAUGCAGGUCCAUUCGCCCAGACGUCGGGCUACGUGCAGACCAAUGACGACGGGACGUGCGGCUACUGCCAAUACGCCACAGGGGACCAGUUUGCCUCGAGUUUCAAUGUCUUCUACCGUUAUGUCUGGCGCGAUUUUGGCAUCAUGUGGGCGUAUAUCCUCUUCAACUUUGCCGUCGUCUACGCCUGCUCGUGGCUGUACCUUUCGGGCGGACGGAGGAUCAAACAGGCGCUCAGUCCGACGCAGCGCAGACAGCAAAAGGAGAAGCUGAAGAAGCAGCAGCAGCAGGAGGAGGACAUGAGCACCGGCGGCGGGCAGGUCUGA